UGAGGGCGAGAAAGAUGCUUCCAAGGAUGAGUCCAAAGAAGACAAGGCUUAAACUCUCACAGCUGGCGCGGAGUAGGACUCUCGUCCUGAUCACCUCUGGCUCGGCUCCCUGAUGAUGACUGUUCGAUGAUCUCCCAACGGCGAACGGCGCACGGUUCACGGUGUUAUCUCUUCCCCGGCGGAUGGCUUCACGACCCCAAAAGUUUUUCUGCAGCUACUUCCAAAUUGCGGCUUUUCCUCUUCACUCGAUCCUCUCGUCUCGAUCUCUUCAGUUCUCGGCGCCUGCGAGACAGCAACACUGGGAGACAUCGAGAUGAUAUGGAUAUCGGCUGGUCCCCGCGUUCCCCUUUCCCCCUUGACUGCUUACUCCUUAACUGGAUGUGAGCGGCCAUCACCCUUCUCCAUCUUACCGAGUUGGGCCUUCACUUUCUUUAUUCCUGCAUGUACUAUAGACGGUCCUUCGGUUUCUUCG